CAUUGCAAUGCAUAGCUUUUCGAUAAGAUCGCUAUUCGCGGGAAGCCGACACAUCGGAAAUUUGAUCGAUAUUUCUUGACCGAAUAAAUCUCAAAAAGUUUGGGAGAUGGAGGAAAUUAAAACCCCCAUGAAGAUGUCGAAAUCACCAGGGAAAAGACACACGCCUAGCAGGUCUCAAGUCUGGCAAUACAUUAGCUGUGAUAUUGAUGCAAAGGUCGCCCGAUGUAACAUUUGCAACAAAACAAUGAAGUACACAGGCGGCACUACAAACUUGCGUUAUCAUUUGACUGCGGCACACCAAAUGCAAGAGUUUGAGGUUAUUGGGCCAUCUGCCAGAAUUUACAAAGAAGGGGGAGAAUGGAAGACAGGAAGGAGGGUUCGUGCACCCAAAUCCGGAUCAACAUUCCGUGUCAGCAUAAGUGGAUCCCCAUCAGGCAAAGGUUCUUCCCGCGGCAACAAUUCACCAUUGCCGUCAACGUCCAAUGCUGCGGUGAAGAUUCCCUGUGGCCCAGAGAGAUCCAAAUUCAUCAACUCGCACGUCGUGAUGCUCCUGGCCCAGGGUCUGCUUCCAGUGAGCAUGGUUGAAGACGAAGGGUUCAUCCGAUUUGUCCAAGAGCUGGAACCUGGCUACACAAUGCUCAACAAACAUACAGCUCAGAUGAAGUUAAUGGCAAAAUUUGGAGAGUCACAGGAGAAGCUGAAGAUCUGCCUGAACAAGGACGCCAAAAACUUUGGCCUCAUGUAUGAAGUAUGGACAGGCCAUGAUAAGAACAAUUACCUGACUGUCACCAUCCACUACCUGACACACCAGUGGAACCGAGAGUCCUGGGUGCUGGGGACGGACCGCGUAUCCGCCAAACCCUCCUGCACCGAGCUAAGCAUGUGCAUUCGGAACUUAAUCAGCCAUUACCAACUCUCCCUGGAGAGCAUAACGGCCGUGGUCAAUCGGCAAGGGAUGCUCAAGGGUACACAGAUCGGCAAGGUCGGGAGUGCGUUGCAGUGUGACAGCAUGAGCUGUGCAGCGGAGAAGUUGGAGCAGUGUGUCUCGCUGGGGUUGCAGCUCUCCAGUGUGAAGGAAGUGGUGGAUGAGGCUGCCAAAAUGGUCAGGUACUUCUUGCAGAACGAGGAAGCCAGGGAGAUGCUGGACAAGGCCAAAUAUGACAACAAGCUGAAUGUGGAACUCCAAGACUACAACAAAGGAUCUUGGUUGGGCGUUGCUGACAUGCUGCAGAAUGUCAUUGCACUGCAAGACGAGAUCGAGACCGUCAAAGUUCUGGAUGAGAAGAACCAGCUGAUGUACAUCCAUGAGUGGGAGAGUGCCGGUCAGUUGGUCCAGUCCCUCCAGAUCUUGAAGGCAGCCCUGACUGUGUUGAGCGACCAGAAGAGUGGCUCUGUUGCCUGUCUCCUGCCCGUUGUUCACAGUAUGCUACAGCACUGCGAGGGUCGAGAGGAGGAUAAUACCAUUAUCAGCGAGUUUCUCGGUUUAAUUGCCAAGGAGGUUCGGGAUAAAUGGGAUCUCAACGCCAUCAUGCCAUCUUCAGUCACAAUGCUUUCUGCGCUCUUGGACCCCCGCUUCAAGCAACUCAAGUUUAUUGCAGACGACGACAAAUUAGAUGUCAUCGAUGCUCUCAAACAGCUGGUGACGGCAAACGCCACUACAAACCAGGAGUCGGAUGACCCUACAGCCAACAGUGUCUCUCCAUUCCUGUGUCUGUUCGGUGAGGACGAGUUCAAUAGUAAGCCUGAAAGCACCGAUGCGGAGGUCACGACCUACCUGUCGUACCCACCUCUGUCAAGAGACAUGUGCCCGUUGGACUGGUGGCGCAUGAACCAGGGCAAGUUCCCCGAGCUGUCGAAGAUCGCACGCUGUUACCUUGCCGUACCUGUCGUUGUCCAGUCCUGGAAUGACAUCAUGACGGGGACGUCCAAGGUUGACCUGAAGAGGGCUCUCCUGGAGGUGGACACUGCUGGACCAUUGAUCUUCUUAAACAAGAAUUGGUCCAUUCUGUCAUAGGCCAACUAGUGAUACAGAGAGAGAAAGAACUCUUGACAGUCUAAAUUAUUACAGUCUGAGGAUUUUUGUAGGCGAAGUCUUAUGCUUAUUGAUAUUGAUUCGCUUUUUUACAUCACAGUCACGUUAAAACUUCCAGACACUGAGCUUUAUCUUCAUCUUCACAUUUCAAAGAAUCUCCUUGAAACUUCAACAACAACGACAGCAUGUGCAGUCAGUAUCUUUAUGGAUAACUCACUGAGCAUCAUGUAUAGAGUGUUUAGAUAUUUAUUUUGUUGUUGUCUUCAUUCAAAGGAAUUGUAAAUAUGUUGGAUAUGGAAUGAAAUGUGCCUUUUUGUUUCUAUUUAUUCCAGUUUAAGUGUUCAUGUUUAAUAGUUGAAGCACUUUGAUCACUCCAUAUUGUAGCAAGUUUGCACAUUUGCACCUCUUGCCCUCCCCUUUCUCUCUGUUUCUGUCUCUUAUCUCUGUCUAUCUGUCUCUUUCUUACCCUUAUGCAUGUAAUUAAAACCCAUUUGUUUCAGAUUACCAAUGUUUAUUAAAAGAAAAGAAUAUUUCUUCUUUUUAUAUUUGAAUGGUAAUUUGUUUGCAACCACAUAAGUGUUGGUCUUUGACCUGCCAGCUUAAACAUGAUGUUCUAGACCUUUUUUUUUUUUUUUUUUUUUUUUUUUUUUUUUUUUUUUUUUUUACUUUCUGUUUCUGUAGCUGCAUUAAGUACUGACUGGACCUCACUUAUGAAAAACUAUGAUAAUAGUAUCGCUUAAAGGUAUUCCCUACUAUUUUGUGUUUGUAUGCUAGUAUGAGUAUGAAUAUGUCAAUAGUAAGGCAGCUGUAGGUGUACCUUUAAUGAAGGAUCUUGUUAUCUUUGUUGUUAUCGAUGAGGUCUAGCCCGCACUUUGAACAGAUAGUUCUAGUUUUUUUUACUUGAGAAUUAGUAUUUUGAAGAGUUACACUCUUC